AUGAGUAUUCGCUACUAUGCGAAUCAAAAGGGUAUUUUAAUACUGACUGCGCGAGAUGAAUCAAAGUCAGUAAUUGUCUCCAUGUUCACCUCCAAGCUCGAGAACCUCCUCCAAUGGAUCAAGAACACCUCUGACGAGACCUCCAACCCGUCGUCACACUCGUACAUCUCGCCUAAGAUCACUGUCAAGGACGUGCAAGACUUUGGUAGGUCCAUUUACUCCUCCACUGCCAUCAAUAAGUCGGAGCUUCUCUUUCGGAUCCCACCGUCUUUCUUGCUCAACUCCACUACCGUCAUCCGUCAUAUAACCAGACACAACCAUUCCAUCAAGCUCACCAACCCAUGUUACCUGAGCAUCUUCGUGCCCUACAAGACGGUGUCUGAUAAGUACACAGCAGUGUACGCCAGCUUGAGCUUGGACCAGCUCUUGGAGUUGACCUCAUUCCAGCUCCUCUCCUUGUACAUUACCUUUGAGACCCAACGAGGCUCUGACUCGUUUUGGAAGCCGUUCUGGGACAUGCUUCCCGAUCUCGAUGAUCUCAGAUUGACUCCGUUGGUGUGGCGGGUCACCAAGGCACCCCAGUGGGAACAUCUCUGGAGCUUAUUGCCACGAGCCACCCAGGCCCAUGCUGAAAAAGUAUGGAGCCGUUUCGUGCACGAUGUGGACGUGGUACAUCAGUUGCUUUCUACCCAGGGCCUUUCCAGCGAAGAGAUCCACCAAUAUUUGCCACAAGAACGCUUCUUAUGGGCCUGGAUGUGUGUCAACUCCCGUUGCCUCUACAUGGAGUUGCCUCAAAGCAAAGACAACCACGACAACUUCACAAUGGCUCCAUACGUGGAUUUUCUUAAUCACGCUUGCGACGACCAGUGUACGUUGAAGAUUAACAGUAUCGGAUUCCAGGUGUCCACCACCUCCAAGUACGCAGCAGGCGACCAGUUAUUCUUGAGCUAUGGGCCUCACUCCAACACGUUUUUGUUAUGUGAGUAUGGGUUCGUUCUUCCUUCAGAUAAUACUUGGAACGAUUUGGACAUUACUCACAUCAUUCUUCCCUUGUUGAAGCCCAAGCAGGUGGAUUAUCUCAAGGACCAAAACUAUUAUGGAGAGUACACCCUCAAUGCAAACUCAGGCAUAUCGUUCAGAACAGAAGUGGUGCUUGCCGUUUUGCAAGAGCAAACACCAGGCGAAUCGCGAAGGCUAAAUGGGCUUCUAAAUGGCAAUAUGGACGGCCUGGUUUACCAGAAAAACUCCAAUACCUUGUUGAAGAAGAUUCUUGAAAAGGUGGUUUAUGAUUGCGACCAAAAGAUGAAGUUGGAGUACAACGACGACAUUGACGAAUUCACCAAGGAGCGCAAGCGAGUGAUCGGAAUUUUGUACAGAGACAUGAAGUUGAUUGCAAGGACAGAAUUAGAGAAAUUAGAAUUACUGACAUGA